UGCGCGGGCGAGACAUCCAAGAUGGCGGACGCAGCAUCCUCAAAGAGCUUAUUUGAAAUGCGUUUUUUUCCCGCGUAGAAAUAAGGACUAUACGAAUAGUGUCCUCAAAUAGUCUUUUAACUGCCAUAAUUAGAUGAUUUAAUACCAGAUAAUCGGUUUCUUGGAGGGGAAAAUGGCGGGUGGUGGUGAACGUCACUUCAUUGCUAUCGGCCAAGAACUUCAUACACAUUCGCUUAAUGGUUUCGAGGACUUAAAACGACAGCUAACGAGGGUUCAGGAAUCCACGGACAGAUCUGCCAUGGUCAUAAAAAGAAUCGAGGACAAAUUGGACAGUGUUUUGAGACGUCUUGAUGCCAUUGAGAGUUGUAUAUCUCCAACUAAUCUUUCUUAUAUCACUGCUAGAUUGGACAUCCUGGAAAGGACUUUGGCUCUAAGUCAUAGUAUUGCUUCUGAAAUAGUUCUCAAAAGGAAUGAUCAGCCAACAGUGGCAGCUAUCCCUGGAGAAGAAAGACCAUGUAAUGGAACCAUCACAGGCACCCCACAAACUGACGACCGGCAGGCGCAUUCGCUGCCACCACUCAGACCGAGUCCGACCCAAACGAUCCUGGUGUCCCACAUGAAAUGA